AUGCAGAUGACGAGCAACUCGCUGGCGCCUCCCCGGACCUCGGGAUCCGACUUCUACAUCUGGACUGCAAGGCCGACGAGGCCCUCAGACCUAGUUGAGCGCGAGCGGUUGCUUACCGGGGGCACGACGCAGUACCGGGGCGUAGACGGCGCCGAGGUGCGACGUUUGGAGGAUCGCCUCCGCAAGGAACAAUGGGCCCUCGACUGGUGGCGAUAUGAGGAGCGCCUCGCGAAGGAGCCGACGUGCGACGUCCCCCCGCCAAGUUGGCCACCGUUCAGGGCGCAGCAGAUCGGGUUCACCAUGCCGCCGCCGGCUGAGGUCCGGGCGAAACUCGAUGAAGCGGCGGUGGAUAGGGCCCCGGCAGCGAGGAAGGAGAAGGCUACGAGAGCCAGGGCGGCGAUGAAGGAGAGGGCAGCGAUGAAGGAGAAGGCCGCGAGGGACAAAGCAGAGGAAGUGCUCAGCCGGGUCGCAGAAUGGGUGGAGAGCGUUGGCGGUGCCCAUGGUGACUCUGGGUACCCCGGCCCCAAGGGUGGCCUCGCAUUCCCAGCGGCGGCGGAGGAGACCGUAUUGGCAUCCGGAACUCCUACGCCCACGCGCGCGAGCUUCGCAGGCGAGGCGACACCGCGCGCUGGGACGGAGAAAGGGUGGCCGUCAGAGCUCUGCGAUGACCCUCAGGAGCAACCAGAGCCCGAGCCUGAGGGUAGUGACGAGAUAGCACUGCCAGCCUAG